UGUGGACUGUAAACUAUCCAUUGAUCCCUGCUUCGCUAGCUAGCUAGAUUCUCGUGGUAUCCACCCAUCCAUCCAUUCGUGAAACUGUAUUAAGGUUGCACUUGGCAUCCUCAUACGCUGCUAGAUAUGGGGCGGAGCGGUGGUGGCGUGGAUCAGUCUUCGUGCAGGGUUCUGCCCGUCAUCGACGAGGGGCCGGAAUCAGAGCCGGAGGCCGGACCGGGAUCAGACCCCGAGGUGAUGAAGGCGGCGCAUGCGGGGACUACCGUGACCGAGCGGAGGAAGGCGAUCGUUGCGCGGAUGAGGGGGCUGCUCAGGCGAGCCGUCGCGCGGUCAUCGCCGUCGGUGACGCCUCAUCAGUCCAAGCAGCUGCGCGCGUCGACGGUGGCGGCCACCGCCAGGAAAUGGAAGAGAGCGGUGAGCUUCAGGACCAGGGACCAGCGGCGGCCGGCGGCCGACGGUAUGAGCACGAUGGCGGCCUCGUCCGUGUGCAGCAGCCGGAACAGCUUAAGCAGCCGGGACGCCACCGUCUUCCCUUCUCCGUCGCCUGCGCGGACGAUGGCCAGCACGAUGAAGAACCACCAGCAGCAGCACCAUGCUCACUGGAUCACCACGGAUUCCGACUUCGUCGUGCUGGAGCUCUAGACGACCAUGAUGAUCGAGCAAACUAACCUACUUACUACAUGCGCGUGAAUUCCUUGGAGGCCGGCCACCUAGCAAAGUCGGGCCAUCUUGAUCAAACAAGUUCCUGGGCUGACACAAAUGAAACUCAGCUAUUCGAAAUGAUGGGUCAGUAUCGGCCGGUCCUGGAUUAUGGAGUAUGUGUGUAGCAUUUGAAAUUUGGAGCUCAAAGAGCUCUAGGAUGACAAGACAUUAUUUCUAAAUGACCAGCUUGCCAUAAACAACGUAAUAUAACAUGAUUUUAUUACCUAUGUACUUACAUGGGAUACUGUUGAAUGAUAGAGAGGGAAAGAGAUUGGCGUAAUAUGUUGGAUGUUGUAUUGAGCCUCUCGGACGGAGACCGCCUUUUGUGAACAUGGGGGCAUGUGAACCCACUUUUUGAAAAGUUCCGUUUGUGAUGUCAAAACAUGUUUCAAAAAUCGAAACACAAAAUAAUUUCCCAGAUGAUCUCAAAUAUGUGCCCUGGGCAUGAGUUUCGUGACGAAAAAACAUUUUAUUUUGUCUCGGCAAAAAAGUGA